CUCAUCUCUCUCGAAUGAUCGAGCCUUUCGCACCAUCCUAAAAGCCCACGCACAAAAUUCUUCCCAAUUAUACUCUCACUCUAUUGAAGGAUCACAUACACAAUGGCAAUUACUCGUGCUCAGAGGCGAUCGCGUAUCAACGUCGCCGGCGACGCGUGCAAUCGCCAUGUUUCUACCGCGAAUUCCCCCGGCCCAUCUGACGCGACUCCGACAAAAGACAGAGCUCCCACACCCGAAUCUCCAGGCAGAGCUGCUGAACAGGGAGCACAGGUUCCGGCUGAUCAAGCGAUACCUGACAUCUUGACGGUCCCGACUCCCAGCAGCGACCGAGAAAGUCCUCCACCAAUGCGGGAUAUUACCAGGUACAUUGAUGAAGUUAUUGAUCGGGGCAGAGAUCCUUGUCCCCAGCCAGAAUUCUCGGAAGUUCUUUCUGGGUCGAGCUCGACCACUCAGCAGUCUUUGAAGCUCUCGGGUCCUCCCUGCACAUGAUCAUCGCCAGUAUCCAGAGUGAUGUUCCAGAUUUAUUGGCCGGUUUUGGCGAAGACUUAGCACUUGAGGUAGAGAAACUGCACAUGACGAUCAGAACGAUGUUCAUUAGGGUGGCCUCGUUGAAGAGCGUUUCACACCUGCUAAGGAGUCAUGUUGACAGUUUUGAUCCUGACUCUGAUUACAAAUCCAAAUACCACG